AUGGCCACUCUUCAACUCCCUAGUCGACUCAGGCAGUCUUUGGAAGAGACAAAAGUGCAGUAUCGUCAACUUGGAAAAUCCGGACUUCGUGUUUCCGUGCCCAUUCUUGGAUGCAUGAGUUUUGGUGAUCCUCAGGCCAUUCCAUGGGCAAUUGGGGAAGACAAGGCGCUGCCGUUGCUCAAGGCAGCCUACGACCGGGGCCUCAAUACCUGGGAUACAGCCAAUUCGUACUCAAAUGGCAUCUCUGAGGCGAUCAUUGGCAAGGCUAUCAAGCACUAUGAUAUCCCUCGCGAGAAGCUGGUCAUUCUUACGAAAUGUAACUUUGCCGUCGGAGAAACGCCAGAGGAGCAACAAUUUGCCUUUUACUCAGAGUUUGAUAGAUCCAAGGACUAUCAAAAUCAGUUCGGUCUCUCGCGCACUGCAAUCUUCAACCAGGUCGAAGCCUCUUUGAAGCGACUUGGGACUACGUAUAUCGAUUUGUUGCAAAUUCACAGAUUCGACAGUUCGGUACCUAUUGAGGAGACCUUGAAAGCUCUCCACGACCUUGUUCAAUCAGGCAAGGUCCGUUAUAUCGGCGCGAGCAGCAUGUGGGCAACCCAGUUCGCCCAGCUUCAGUUUUGCGCUGAAAAGAACGGCUGGACUAAAUUCGUGAGCAUGCAAGACCAGUACAACCUUCUUUAUCGCGAGGAGGAGCGCGAGAUGAUUCGAUUUUGUAACGAAACUGGCGUUGGGCUUAUUCCUUGGGCUCCUUUGUGCCGUGGACACCUCGCCCGGCCCCCUUCUGACUCGACGGCGAGAGCCUCGACCGAGUCUGAUCUCACAAGUGGAGGGCAUGGUACAUCCGAAGUCGACCUCAAGAUCAUCGGCCGGGUGGCGGAGCUCGCUGAGAAACGGGAAUGGCCGAUGGCUCAUGUAGCACUCGCCUGGAUCAACAAGAGGGUCACAAGCCCCAUUAUUGGGUGCAGCAGUGUGAAAAGGAUUGACGAGGCGGUUGGAAGUAAUGGGAGAGUCCUGAGCGAUGAGGAAGAGCGGUAUCUUGAGGAGUUGUAUCAGCCGAGACCUAUCUGGGGCCACAUUUGA